ACGUUUUCUGUGAAUAAAAAGGUUCUCGAGAGGUGGCGCAGCAGUCAGGUGCUAAACAUUUAUUUAAUGUACUUGGUAAGGUCCUCUCCAGUCCUAACAUCUUCCUUGGCACCAGCUGUGAGGAAGGCUUAGGUUGAAGAUGGGUUUUCUAUCAUUGCCAUUAGUGGCAGUGGUGUUGGUGGUGGGUGUGGUCAUCAAGGCUGUUCUUUACUUCAUAACCAAGUCACCAUCACUCAACCCAUUUAAGGAAAAUAGUUGUACAGAAGUCAAGGCAAAAGUCACAGAUCAGAAACAAAGAGAUGCUGUCCUUAAACAAGGUUUCACCUGGAACAAAGUUCCUGAGAACUUGGAUGCCAUUGUGAUUGGCAGUGGGAUAGGAGGUUUGUCAGCAGCCGCUAUUAUAGCCAAGGCCGGCAAGAGAGUGUUGGUGUUGGAACAGCAUGACCAGGCCGGUGGUUGUUGCCACACAUUUAUAGACAAGGGCUACGAGUUUGACGUAGGCAUACACUACAUCGGUGAGAUGAAUCGCCAGUCCAUCAGUAAGACGUACAUUGACCAGAUCACAAAUGGCCAACUUGAAUGGGCACCGUUGAGUGAGAACUACGACACGGUCAUAUUUGCGGAAAAAGAUAAGGAGCCUCGCAAGUAUCCUGUGCUCAGUGGGAAAGGCAAAUGGCAGGAGGAACUCACCAAAAAGUUCCCAGAAGAAGCUCAAAAUAUUGAUAAAUUCUUCAAGUUGAUGAAAGAGAUCCAUCCAGGUAACACCAAGUCCAUAUUGGUAAAGUUUAUACCACUGUGGGCUGUGUGGCUGUUGCAGACUACGGGACUCAUCAACUACAUCACCAAUUUCUAUGAGUGGAACUCCAAGACGUGCAAGGAAGUUGUUUGGGGACUAACAGAAAACCAGGAGUUGCGUGAUAUCUUCUGCUAUUGUUAUGGUGACUACGGUACACCCCCGAGCAAGGCGGGCUUCCCCAUGCAGACGCUACUGCACUCCCAUUUUGGACAGGGUAGUUCUUACCCAGUAGGAGGAGCUUCAGAGAUUGCUUUUCAUAUUAUUCCGGUGAUUGAGGCUGCUGGUGGCAAGGUCCUCGUCCGUGCUGAGGUUAACCAGAUUAUUACUGACGAGAAGGGUCGAGCAUGUGGAGUACAGGUGCUAAAAGGGAAGGAACUCUACAAUGUUGCAGCUCCAUUGAUCAUCUCUGAUGCAGGUUUGUACAAUACUUUUGAGCGACUUCUCCCUCUGGAUGUGGCAUCGUCGUCUCGCCUCUGGCCGAUGGUGCAGACGUCACGGCACGGCACUGCCAGUAUGUCAGUAUUUGUGGGGAUCAACUGUGAUGCUGCAGAACUUGAUGAUAUAAUUCACAAGAAGAAUGCCUGGGUGUACACUGGCAAUGACAUAGACAAGCUGCUCCUGGAUUAUGAAAAGCUGACUCGAGAAGAAGCUCUUGAUGUUGAUAUUCCAAUUCUGUUCAUCUCCUUCCCUUCUACAAAAGAUCCUGAGUGGAACAAGAGGUUCCCUGGCAAAACAACGAUGGCUCUAGUGACACUGAUGCCGUACCAUUGGUUGGAAGAAUGGGAAACAGAGCGAGUCAUGAAGCGCGGAGAUGAAUAUGAAGCUAUUAAGAAGUGUUUUGGUGACAAGGCUGUAACUCAAGCAUGUAACCUCUUCCCAUCCAUCAAGGACCACAUUGACUAUGUAAACAUUGGAACUCCACUGUCCAAUCGUCACUACCUCGGUGCACCGCGGGGAGAGAUAUAUGGCUUGGACCACACCAGUGAGCGAUUCUCUGUCUGGAACACUGCCAUACUCAGACCAUCAACUGACAUACCAGGACUCUACUUAACAGGGCAGGACAUCUGUUCAUGCGGAUUUGCAGGAGCCCUUUGGGGAGGUCUCCUCUGUGCUUCGUCCAUCCUACAACACAACGUGAUGACAGACCUGACACAACUCCACCAGGCUAUCAAGGCUGAGGCCAAGGCUAAAGUAGAAUAGAUAUGGUUGGUGCACGCAAGAGGUAAUUCAGUAAUAGUAUUCAGUUUAGAAUAAUCAGUACCAGUAAUUGAUAAUUUGAAUGCUGUAUGGACAAAUUGUUAUCGAGAAACUAAGGUUGUAUUAAUAAUUUAUUUUAUUAAAGGACAACUGUAUGUAGUGACACAAGUUAUGUGUUAGAAGUGGCAUUUAUAUCAGGCACAUGUUUGUACAGUAUAACUAGUGUUGUGUAUGUACAGUAUUAUACUGUACAAACUACUGUACUGUACUGUAAUUUAUAGUGUUGUGUAUAUACUAAAAAAAAUUGACUAACUUUUAUAUCUAGUGUUGUGUAUAUACUAAACAAAAUUUGUAUAGUUAUAAUCAUAUUCUUAGUAACGUUGAUAACCAUUUUAAGCAUGAAUCAUUUUAGUUCUGGGAAUUAUAUUGGACAGUACAGUAAAACCUCCAUAUAAAGGACUUCUCUCUCCGUAUAAUUCGUUAGAUUGGGGGUUUCACAUCUAACGUACCCUCGGUAUAAUAGACUUUCUUCUCCAUAGAGUCCGUUAAAUAGAGGUUUCAUUGUACAGUAUUCAACACGUCCCAAUCACACACUAAUAAGUAUACAGUUGUUUUUAAAGCUUGUGUUGAAAUUACAAGUUAUUCUGUGUUUAGCAAAAAAUGUAGGAGACUGAAGGCUGCCCCCUAAGAUAUUGUAAAGGAAGUUUACCUGAUGACGGGAUAGGAGCCAUUAAACUGAUGAAAGAAAAAUACAGGAAAAUGCCAAAUUCUCUUGUGUAUUUCUGGAACGUGUUUGUGAGAGUCGAACCUUUAUUUGAUGGUAAGUACAGUAGUGGUGGUGAUCGAUUUAUUCAGAAUUAUAUGUUGAAUAAGGCAAGUGAGGAUGUUUGGGAGGGGGAAAGGAAGUUGGAAAAUGGAAAGUUUAAUACUGUACGUAUAUUAGUCCAAAAGCUACGAUAUACUCUACAUACAGUACAGUACUUUUAAAUGUGUCUGUUACUGCAGCAAGUUAAGAAGGGAUAUCUACAUGUAAAACAGGAAUUAAAGGGUAAAAGAAGAAUUAUGCACAGAAAAAAUUAUGAUAAAUAAAUAAGUUUUCUUUUGAUGAACUAUUGGAGAACUGAUAUUGCUCAAUCAAGUACUGUACAUCAUGUUACCAAGGAGAUGUACAGUUCAUAUAAUGGGGUAAAAGAUUAGUAUUAACUGUUUUUAACAAGUGCACAAAACAUCCUUAGUUAAGUCUCAAGCGCAAAGUCACACCAGCAGUACAAUAACAGUAACCAGAGACCCGUGUGUUUGGGAGGACAAAACACCACAACAGUCAGUUAUAUGUUGUUAAAUUAUUUAUGUUUAGUAAUAAGUAGAGUUUGUACUGUACAGGUAAAUAAUAUAGUGGUGAUGUUUUAUAUGCUAGUUACUUGGUAUGUAGUGAAUAUAUAUCAUUGCUUUAUUUGUUAACACUGUCAAUACUUUAUUUUAUAUUAUUGUUUACACAGUGGUCAGAUAUUAUCUUUAUAUUAAUGUUGUCUGUACUGUACAGUACUGUAUUUAAAUGUUAUUCUUUACAUGUUGAUCAACUGUUUCAUAUCUUCUAUAUGUAUUGAUGAAGAAAUAAUAUGAAUAAAAAUAAUUUUCAUAA